AUGCUCUCCGGUAUUCUCAUAUUCAACCAGAAGGGCGAGAACCUCAUUUUCCGCGCAUUCCGCAACGACUGCCGCCCACGCCUCGCCGACGUCUUCCGCAUCCAGGUCAUCUCGAAUGCCCAAGUUCGCUCACCUAUACUGACCUUGGGCUCGACGACUUUCAGCCAUGUAAAACACGAGAACAUCUAUUUAGUCGCUGUCACUAAGAGCAAUGCCAAUGCCGCGCUCGUCUUCGAGUUCCUGUACCGGCUGGUGGGGUUGGGGAAGGCUUAUUUUGGGAAGUUCGACGAGGAGGCUGUGAAGAACAACUUUGUGCUCGUGUAUGAGUUGUUGGAUGAAAUCCUCGACUUUGGAUACCCACAGAACACCGAAACGGAUACUCUGAAGAUGUAUAUCACGACGGAAGGCGUCAAGUCAGAAAGAGCGAUGGAGGACUCCUCCAAGAUCACCAUGCAAGCAACCGGUGCCCUCUCCUGGCGCAGAAACGACAUCAAAUACCGCAAAAACGAAGCCUUCGUCGACGUUAUCGAAGAUGUAAACCUCCUCAUGUCCGCCACCGGCACGGUCCUCCGCGCCGACGUCAACGGCCAAAUUGUUAUGCGCGCAUACCUCUCCGGCACCCCUGAGUGCAAAUUCGGACUCAAUGACCGUCUCACACUGGGUGAAGAUAACCUACACCAACCUUCUGGUAACCGCGCAGGGACAAAGGCGACACGGGCCGCCGCUGGAAGCGUCACACUAGAGGACUGCCAGUUCCAUCAGUGCGUGAAGCUGGGCAAGUUCGACACGGACAGGAUAAUCAGCUUCGUGCCACCGGACGGCGAGUUUGAGCUUAUGCGAUACCGAGCUACGGAGAACGUAAACCUACCCUUCAAAGUCCAUGCCAUCGUCAACGAGGUCGGCAAAACAAAAGUAGAAUACAGCAUCGCCAUCCGCGCAAACUACGGCAGCAAACUCUUCGCCACAAACGUCGUCGUGCGCAUCCCAACGCCCCUCAACACCGCGCGGAUCACAGAGCGCACGUCUCAAGGAAAAGCAAAGUACGAGCCAGAACACAACAACAUUGUGUGGAAGAUCCCGCGGUUUACGGGGCAGAGCGAGUUCGUGCUGAGUGCGGAGGCCACGCUGACGAGUAUGACGAAUCAGAAGGCGUGGAGUCGACCGCCGCUGGGGUUGAGCUUUAGCUUGCUGAUGUUUACGAGUUCGGGGUUGUUGGUGCGGUAUUUGAAGGUGUUUGAGAAGAGUAAUUAUAGUAGCGUGAAGUGGGUGAGGUAUAUGACACGGGCGGGUAAUUAUGAGAUACGGUAA